GUUAUUCUUGACUUCAUCGAUUCAAUCUUAGUGCUGAUUUUGGUUUUAUUUCAGAAGAAUCAAUUUGCCAUUGGAAUUAUUUUCUGUGUCAAUGUUCAGUUGUGAAGUUUAAUCGAAGUUUUUUUUUAUAAACGAAGAAUCAGUAGAAGAAUUAUUCAAAAGCAGCCGAAUUAAAUUAAGAAAAUGUUGUCUAAUUUUUUGUACGUGACACUGGGAUUAGGCCUAUUUACCUUGUGCAUAGCAGAACGUCCGAUACCGGAUUUUUUGCAUAUUUGUCAUGAGAGCGAUCCAAAUAUAAAUGGUUGUAUAGCUAGUAGUAUUGAGAGCCUCCGACCUUCACUUGUGAAUGGGAUACCAAGCUUGGAUAUUCCGAGUAUAGAACCAAUGGAUGUUGGAAACUUAUUAGUAGCAGAAAGUACGCGGUCCAAUGGUUUACACAUCUCCGCUAAAAAUAUUCGGGCUUUUGGCGCCUCAAAUUUCAAAAUCAGAGGCUUGGAAGUUAAAGAAUAUGGGAAGACGUACAAUGUUGAAGUAUUCUUCCCAAAACUUGAGGUUGACGGUACUUACGAUGUAAGUGGCCAAAUUUUGCUCCUUCCGAUACGCGGUUCGGGUCCAUUUGUUGGAAAUUUUACUGAUUGUACUGGAAGUGUGCGCCUGCAAUUUGCACGCAAAGAAAACAGCGAUUUAGUUCAAAUCAAUAAGUUUCUCAUUAAAAUCAAAGUGGGCAAAGGAAAAUUGAAACUUUUCAACUUGUUUAAUGGUGACAAAGCACUUGGUGAUGCCGUAAAUGGAGCCAUAAAUGAAAACUUUGAUGCUGUUAGCAAAGAUAUCAUUCCAUUAGUUGAAAAAUCACUUCAACGCCUAUUGAAAAGUAUAUCUACAAAAAUCCUCUCCAAUUUCACAUAUAACCAAAUUUUCCCAAAAUAAGAAAAAUACUGAGUAUAUUUUGUAAUGAUCUUUAUUUUUUGGUAUUUUUUUUUUGUCACAUCAAAUCGAUUUAUGCAAAUAUAAUAAAUCUGCUGGAGAAAAUACUUUGGAAAAUAAUCGCA